AUGGAGGCGUACUGUAACACAGUGCGUCGCCUCAAAGACAGGUUCGACGGGCUCGAGCUCAACCACAUCGCGCGUAAAUACAAUGAGAAAGCAGACAAACUGGCCAGGAUCGUGUCUGGGCGGACCACCAUUCCUCCGAACGUCUUCGCUUGUGACCUCACCAAACCAUCCGUUGACUUCAAGAAUCCAGCAGAAGCCAUUGGAGCAGCACCUGAACCCUCGGGGGCUGCGACCACCGAGCCAUCGGCCGAAGACUGCUUGGCGGAGGAGUCCGAGGCUCUGGACACUGAAGCCGAGAUCUCCUCGGCAGAUGAGGCUGAAGCGAUGGAGAUCGACGAGGCCCCGCCUUCGCGAGACUGGCGUUCCCAGUAUCUCGAUUGUAUGAUCCGAGGGGUCCUACCCUCGGACCGUGCUCAGGCGCUGUGCAUCGCCAGGCGGGCCAAGUCUUUCAUCUUGAUUGACGACGAGCUGUACAAGCACAGUCCCUCGGGUGUUCUGCAGCGUUGCAUCCCCAUCCCCGAGGGCAAGGAGCUGAUACGAGACAUUCACGCCGGCAUCUAUGGCCACCACGCUGCGCCACGGACCCUCGUGGGCAACGCGUUCCGGCUGGGAUUCUAUUGGCCCACUGCGGACAACAGAGGACGCCACAAGCUCACACCGCCGUGGGAAGGCCUGUACAUCGUCGCGGAAGUUCUCAAGCCCGGCACGUACAAGCUAGCUAACGAAAAGGGCGAAGUCUUCAUCAACGCUUGGAAUAUUCAGCAGCUACGUCGCUUCUAUCCUUGA